AUGAGCACCCUGGUGGACGGCGUGCGGGUGGCGCACUACAGCAGCCGGACGCGGGAGGUCCGGCCCACCCAAGGCUGGGCAGCGCAGGCCCUGGACGCUGGGUUUCUCCAGAAAAAGACCCAGGAGUUCUGGGGGCAUGAGGAGGGCUCUAAAGCCCAGACCCAGAGGUGGAUGCAGCUGUACAACCAGACGGGCGGGGUCCACACUGAGCAGCUCCAUGCGCGCUGUGCCUUGGGGGACCAGACCCCCAACUACUUGAGAUUCCAGUACGCCUACGACGGGCAGGAUUUCAUCAGCUUUGACCUGCAGACGGGGACGUGGGUGGCGGCCGUGCAGCCAGCCGUGUUCCAGAAACAGUACUGGGAGACGCACAAAAUCUGGACGCGGUACGUCCAGUGGUUCCUGCAGCACGAGUGUCUGGAGAUCCUGCGGAGCCUGGUGCAGCAGGGACAAGGGGUCCUGGAGCGGCAGGUGCCCCCCGAGGUCUCGGUGUCCCGCAGAGCCGCCCCCCACGGCCCCGUCACCCUCUCCUGCCGCGCCAGCGGCUUCCACCCGCGUCCCAUCCACCUCUCCUGGGUGCGGGACGGAGGCGACGUCCUGGCGGAGACGAGCUCCAGCGGGAUCCUGCCCCUCGCCGACGGCACCUACCACACCCAGUCGUCCCUGGAGAUCGGCCCGCGGCCGGACGGGCCCCGCUACGCCUGCCGGGUGGAGCACAGCAGCCUGCCCGCGCCCGCCCUCGUCUGGGCCCCUGAGAAGGGACCCCUGCCCCCCGGGGUCCUGGCCGCCAUCGUCCUGGCCGUGCUGGGUCUGGCUGGAGCCGCAGGGGCCGGCGUCUGGCUGUGGAGGAGAAAAUCAGCAGGCCAUCACAAACCCGGCUACACCCCGGCAGCCACAAAGCCGGGAGAAGAUUCGGCCUCCAACUCGGCCUUGGGAAUAGAGACCAGCAGCGUGGGAUCCCGGAGCUAGGGGCGGCCCUGCCCUGCUGGCCGGCAGGUCCCUGCCCAGUGACUCCCCCGGCCGGGGGCUCCCUGCUGCAGCUUGUUCAUCCAUCACCGACCCCUGGGACCUUCUCCCCGGCUUUGCCUCAGCUUCCUCCUGAGGGCCUGGGCCACCCAGUCUCUGCUCCCUGCCCAGGCCAGUCCAGGCCGCUCCCCUUUGGCAGGGCAGCAGCUGGUGGAGGCAGCCCAGCAGGCCCAGGCUGGGGCAAGGGGGCUCCGGGGGGCCGACGGGCCGGGCUG